CAGACGUGUUGACGGUGGUGGUUGCGUUGGAGUGUUUGUUGGUUGUGGACUCCUGGACGGCGAGUUUCAUCUGAUACUGCUUGAGAGUCACAGCCCCAUUUCAGCCCUUUGUCUGACCGCGAGCUAAAGUGUGGUACAUCAACACAGAAUUCUGGCGCUGACGCUUAUUCCUUCAAGUAGUAGUAGUCUCACCAGCUGUCGCCCUCCGGUGUACCUAACCUACAAUGGCAGCCAAAGUUACCUUCAAGAUCACUCUCACAUCGGACCCAAAGUUGCCAUUCAAAGUUCUAAGCGUCCCAGAGGGAACGCCCUUCACGGCUGUUCUGAAGUUUGCCGCGGAGGAAUUCAAAGUGCCACCAGCUACAUCAGCAAUUAUCACCGAUGAUGGAAUUGGAAUCAAUCCGCAGCAAACAGCUGGCAAUGUAUUUCUCAAGCACGGAUCAGAACUGAGGCUUAUUCCUCGUGAUAGAGUGGGGUGCUUACUUCGAUGAAGAUGCAUUCAAAACAGAAACUGUGGACUCAUGUCAAUGUGAUACAUUCCUUACAAUGAGGACUAAUUUACCAUGUGCAGUGGCACUUCCAUCUUGACAGUUCGUUGCAAUUUAUUCCGCCUCACCUUGUGUGUACAGUGGCAAAUCACUAAUCAUCCAUGUAUAAAUAAUAUGAAGUCUGGAAAAAGCUAUUACUUUGCUUAGCUGGAAAGUAACUUGUGAAAGUAUACUGAAAUGGUUGUGCAGGAGAGCAACUUUGAAUCUGUUAAAUAAACUAUUUUAUUGUUAAUACUUUA